AUGACCAAGGAGAAGCUGAACUUGUCUAGUCUGUAUGAACAUCUGGUGCACAAAGAGCAGAUUCAUUUUGACAAGGUGGUUUGGUGUAAGUUGUCUAUUUCGAAGCAUAGGUUUAUUCUCUGGCAAGCAAUGCUAGGUCACCUCCUCACUCGUGACAACUUACUUAGAUGUCAUAUUCAGCUUGAGACUUGCCUUUGUCCUGUCUGCGAAUUAGACCAGAAAUCACAUGAUCAUUUGUUUUUCAAGUGUCCUUUUUCUCAGCAGGUCCUGUGUGAAGUCCAAACCAGUUUGGGGCUUCAGCUUUGGCCUUUUUCUUAUUCAGAAUGGCAAGUUUGGAUGGAAGGAAGACCAAAGGGCUUGUUACAGAAGAUCAGUGCUGCUUUGCUUGCUGCAUCAGUUUAUUACAUUUGGACUAACAGGAAUUGGGGUAUUUUUGAGGCUUACUCCUGUUCUGCUUUGAAGCUUAAGUCGCCUGAUUCUCUGGGAUCUGGUAGUUUGUAA